AUGGCGCCGACGACGGAGGCGUCGCCAUAUCGCGACAGUAGUAUGGACACCGACGACAUCGAGCAAGCAGGCCUGCUCGCCUCAGACGCCGAAAAAGGCCAAGCCGAUAUAUCCGGAGCACAGCAACCUCAGCACCAUGAAGAUACGGUCUCGAUGGAUAAGAAAUUGUGGUACUUACUGGGCUAUUUCAUUUGCAACAUCGGCUUGACGUUAUACAACAAAGCCAUUCUGGGAUCUUUCAAUUUCCCAUGGCUCCUCACCGCCCUGCACGCCGGCUGCUCCUCAAUAGGCUGCAGCGUAAUGCUCCAACUCGGCCACUUCCACUCCUCGAAACUCACCCGCCGCGACAACCUCGCCCUGAUCGCCUUCUCGCUCCUCUUCACCAUCAACAUCGCCAUCUCAAACGUCUCCCUCGCCAUGGUCUCCGUCCCCUUUCACCAAGUCGUCCGCGCCACCACACCCCUCUUCACCACCCUCCUCUUCCGCAUCCUCUACAACCGCACCUUCAGCACAAACACCUACCUAUCCCUCCUCCCCAUUGUCCUGGGCGUCACCCUCGCCGUAUACGGCGACGACUUCCGCUACACCGACCUCGGCUUCAUCCUCACCUUCCUAGGCGUCAUCCUCGCCGCAUUCAAAACAAUCGUCACUAACCGCAUGAUGACCGGCUCCCUCGCCCUCUCCUUCUGGGAGAUCUUGUUGCGCAUGUCGCCCCUGGCAUUCAUCCAAUCCCUCAUCUACGCCUACUUCACCGGCGAGCUCGCCCGCUUCACGCUCUUCCUCCAGAACGACCUCUUCGCGCCGCAUCCGGCUGUCUCCGCUACCUCCGCCGCGGCACGAACGACGCCGUUAGGGUUCGUCUUCAUCCUCCUAGGGAACGGAUUCCUCGCGUUUGCGCUCAACGUCAGCAGCUUCAGCACGAAUAAAGUUGCCGGUGCGUUGACAAUGACUGUUUGCGCGAAUAUCAAGCAGUGUCUGACGAUCAUCCUGGGGAUAUUGUUGUUCAAUGUGCGGCUGAACAUGAUGAACCUGUGGGGGAUACUGAUCACGGUGCUCGGAGGAGUGGGGUACAGCAUAGUGGAAUUGGACAGCAAGAAGCGGAAGAGUGCUCAGUCGACGGGGAAAAGGUGA